AUGGCCGACGAGGAACAUAAUGAGCUGAAGGAGGAGGUUCCAGAACUUGCCCCUUUUGAUCCAACCAAGAAAAAGAAGAAGAAGAAGGUUGUUAUUCAAGAUAUUGCUGAUGAUUCUAUGGACAAGCUGGCUGAAAAAACUGAAUCAUUGUCAGUGGCAGAUGGGGUUGAAAGUUCAUUUUCCGGAUUGAAAAAGAAAAAGAAGAAGCCUGUUGAAACAAGGCCUUUGAGUGAGGAAAUUGGGGAGGGAGAAGAAGACCUUGAUGAUCAUGGCCACGAAGAUGAUGAAGCGGAAGAAGCUUCUCUGCACCAAGAGCGUUAUCCUUGGGAAAAAAGUGACCGUGAUUAUGAGUAUGAAGAGCUUCUCGGCAGGGUUUUCAACAUUCUCCGUGAGAAUAACCCAGAGCUUUCAGGAGAUAGGCGGAGGACUGUGAUGAGGCCUCCUCAGGUUCUUCGUGAAGGGACAAAGAAAACUGUGUUUGCGAAUUUCAUGGAUCUUUGCAAGAGCAUGCAUCGACAGCCGGAUCAUGUUAUGGCUUUCUUGCUUGCUGAGUUGGGUACAAGUGGGUCUCUUGAUGGCCAGCAAAGGUUGGUUGUGAAGGGAAGAUUUGCUCCCAAAAAUUUUGAAGGGAUCCUGCGGCGAUAUAUCAAUGAGUAUGUGAUUUGCCUUGGUUGCAAAAGUCCAGACACCAUACUUUCCAAGGAAAAUCGUCUCUUCUUCCUAAGAUGUGAGAAGUGUGGAUCUGGAAGGUCUGUUGCUCCAAUCAAGGCUGGUUUCGUUGCCCGAGUAGGCCGCCGAAAUGCUGGAACAUGA